AUGUUCCACAGGGGGCUGUUAUGGUCGUCGUCGCUGCUGCUUCUGACCUGGAGCAUCUCAGGAGGUUUAUCGACUUCGGACGUGGUGGGACUAGUCAAUGGAUCGGUGCUCCUGGAAUCCCCUGAGGAACUCCCCGAACAAUACCAAGAUAUUGUCUGGGACUUCAACAGCACCUGGGAAAUCCUAGAGUGGAAAAAUAAUGGGGGCGGGAAAGUGAAAAUCUUUCCGCACUUCAACAACCGGAUCAGGUUCUCCCAGAGCAAUGGCUCCUUGUGGCUGACCGGUCUACAGAAGGAAGACAGCGGACAGUACGGUCUCAAGGUGACACACAUGAACAAUGUUCAGAACCGCUGGAUGCUCAAGCUGAGGGUGUAUGACAAAGUGAGUAAUGUCACCGUGGAGGUCAUCAACCGGACCAGGAUGGAUGGGAAGUGCCAUUUCGUUCUGGAAUGCCAGACCGGAACUCCGGGACCACUCAACUUCUAUUGGCGAUUCAACAGCUCCUUUUUUCUGGGCAACUGGAUCCUCAACGGCACAAAGGAGCCCCAGGGACGGACUGUCUGCUACACCUGCCGGGCCGAAAACCCCGGCAGCUCGGCCGAGAACAAGACCUGCUUUCCAGAUUCCUGCAUUCCAGGUUCUACCUCUGAAGUCGGUUGCUCCUCAUGGCUGGUCAUGCUGAUUCCCACAGUCCUCGGCCUCCUCUUCUCUCACCACUAGCUGCCAUCAACGCCGGGUUGAAGUCCCACUUACCGGAGAGUGGCGGAGAAACAAGGGGGCUCAGAGACGCUUGGAAGAGUGGAGUACGGCAAUAAACAGACAUUUA